AUGGGUUGGGCACACGAAAUGCUGCUUUUGCCUUUCGCUGAUAAAACAAGCAAUCAAGCAAAUGCCCCGCAUCCUGUGUCAGUUGACAUGUCAAUAAAUCUCAUUGUGGACGUCAUUCAAGCACCAAACCACUUAUCAUCAACGACGAUUUACAUACGAUUCAAAUAUGACGACGACAAGCAUGGUCGUUUGGCUGGCAGUCGCUGUAGGCCAUAUUCCAGUCUGUUGAGCAUAAUCAUUAGUCCAACCAUCGUCGCUAUUUUUUCUUUUUUUGCUGAAACGCUCAACGACUUCGGCCGAAUAUGUACAGAACAUUAA